AGAUGCACCCUUCCCUUCGUUUCCUCAAUCACCACUGAAACCCAUCUGUCCAUUGCGAGUUUAGAUAGACCUCUUCCCAACGGAUACCCACUUCUCUCCAUCUCCCACGACCACCCAAACCCAGCUUGCUCACACGCCACAUUACCAGCCUCCCUUCGACAAUUCCCCGUCGAAUCUCCAUCUCCAACGCCUCCUUUACGUACUAGCUCUUUGAACUAAUACUCUUUUUUCCUAAAUACCAGUGCCUAUAUCCAUCCUUUCAUAGACCUAUGGCCCAUUUCAAUAUUCCCGCACUCUCUUCGUCGAUAACCCCAUCUCCUCCAUCAUCUCCUUCAACCGCCAACUAGCGAAUGCAGAUGCAUUUGGAAUCAGCGAGUCAACCUCCUCCAGCCAGCGACACCAGCAACGGCUUCUCGCAUCGUGCGCAGCUCCAGGAGACGUUGAUGCCUCUCAUUUGUCGAGAUAGUGCCAAGCAUUUGGGUUCCCCUUUCCUCUUCCCGACGGCAAAGAGAUCCUUCACUGCUGUUCGAAGUUCAGCGCCUUGUGCCCAUGUCGUUUCAGAUACAUUUACUGCUUCUUUGUCUACUCAGCUUUAUAAACGAUCGACACAAAAUCACAGCUCCAAAACUUUAAAUUCUUCGUACCUGUGUUAACAAAGAUUAUCAUCUCAGCGGGUGUUGUGUGUUGUAUCCGUCUGCCUAAUACCAAUAUGCCAUAAGCUGUGUUUGGGAGCUGCAUCUUGUAUAAAUAAAGCCAAGAUUGAUGGAGUGAAUUUUGCUUUGGCAUGAAUAGCAUUUCACAUAGAGCCUAUGUCAGGAAAAAACUUACUCUUGUUAUACAGUUGAUCCAUACUCUUUCACCCUGCAAGACUUUCUCUGCUCGCAAAACAGCACUGACCAAGCCUUUACACAAGGCACUCAGAAUUCUAGACAUCAUAGCCCCCCAAAAAGGUGCUACUACUACUGGUCGCCACAGCCAUCUUCGCCUCAUUCAAGACUUUUUAGAAACAAAUUCACAUCAUAUCAGUAAAGACUACUUGAACAGCAAUUUUUCUGCCUCCAGCUCAGUAGAGAGAAUCUCAAAUGGGCUUGAUGAAAUACUUGAAUCUUCUUUUGUAGACAAUGAAGAUCCUGAUGUUGUGUGUUUGAGAUCUGAUGCUGCUGCUUUGUCUAGCGGAUUGAGUUUAUGUGCUUCCUCACAUAAUCUACGAGGUGGGGUACAGUAUCACUGCUUAGCAGCAAGUACUGGGUUUAUUUCCAAUGCCUAUGUAGGCAGCUCUUUGAUCACUUUGUAUGGCAAAUGUGGGGAAUUGGAUAAUGCAUAUAAAGUGUUUCAUGAAAUGCCCACUAGAACUGUGGUUUCGUGGACGGCUAUCAUUUAUGGGUUUGCACAGGAAUGGCAGGUUGACGUGUGUAUGGAGCUUUUCUCUAUGAUGAGAUAUUCAACACUAGAACCCAAUGAUUUCACAUUUACAAGUCUUUUGAGUGCUUGUACAGGCAGUGGAGCUCUUGAGCAAGGGAGAAGUGCUCACUGCCAAAUAAUUCACAUGGGUUAUGAUUCCUAUUUACACAUUGCUAAUGCUCUUAUAUCAAUGUAUUCUAAGUGUGGGAGCGUUCCAGAUGCAUUCUACAUAUUUGAUAACAUGUGUGGUAAGGAUAUUGUGUCCUGGAAUUCGAUGAUUAGUGGGUAUGCACAGCAUGGGCUGGCAAUGCAGGCAAUUCAGCUUUUUGAAAAGAUGAAGAAAUUAGGCAUAAAACCUGACUCCAUUACCUUUCUUGGUGUUCUAUCUUCAUGUCGCCAUGCAGGUUAUGUUGAAGGAGGAAGGAAUUACUUUAAUUUGAUGGUUAAAUAUGGUUUGAGGCCAGAACUAGACCACUAUUCUUGUCUAGUUGAUCUUCUUGGCCGUGCUGGUUUAGUAGAAGAAGCACGAGAUGUUAUUUCAAGGAUGCCAUUCUCUCCCAAUGCCAUUAUAUGGGGCUCUCUAUUAUCAUCCUGCAGGCUUCAUAGAAGUGUUUGGAUUGGUAUACAAGCUGCAGAGGGGAGGCUUUUACUGGAACCGGAUUGCACUGCUACUCAUGUGCAAUUGGCCAAUUUGUAUGCAAGUGUUAAUUGCUGGGAUCAGGCAGCAAGAGUGAGAAAAUUGAUGAAAGAUAGAGGCCUUAAAACAAAUCCUGGCUAUAGCUGGAUUGAGGUAAAGAACAAGGUUUGCAGAUUUAGAGCAGAAGACAGGUCCAACACAAGAAUUAGUGAAAUUCUUACUGUAUUGGAUUGUCUGGUAGACCACAUGUUAACUUUAGGCUAUGUGCCUGAAAUACACGAGGAGGAAGUCCAUGAUAUCCAGUAUAAGUGCAAUUAGAAGCAAGCAUUAUGCAAAAACGCUUCUUGCAGUUGCCCUGUCAUUAUUCCAAUGGAAAUCUGAAAGCAGAUUAUUCAGAGAAGCUUUGGGAACUUUAACUAUUUCAGCUUCUGGCAAGCUGCAAUUGUGAUUUAUUUCUUCAUAACUGAGCCAGUUGUUUUGCUUCCUAAUUGGAAAAGAAAGAAGGUUUGAAACUUGAAAGGUCUCAAAGGAAUCUGAGAAAGGGUGCUGAAGAUCAACUCCAGAAUGUUGUCAAUCACGGUGCUGAAGCAUAGCUUUUUAUUUUCUUGUUGGUUUUGCACUUCCAACUGGUAUGUACAUUCCAAGCCUUUUAUUACUAUUAUUUUUUUAAAUUCCUUUUCCUAAUUGUGACAAUUUAUGGAACUUUUAUUUUCAUUUUAUGAAGGGUUUGACUUGGUGUUUGUUUCUUA